CCUGCGCCGCUCGGCGGGGCCGGGCCUGGGCCUGGGCGGGGCCGGACGUGAGCGCACUUCCGCGGGCGGCGGGCGCCGCCAUGGCGGCAAAAAGUCCUGCUGAUGGUACUCCAAGAAGACCUGUUUUAUCUGUCAGUGCAAGAAAAAUUAAAGAUAAUGCAGCAGACUGGCAUAAUUUAAUGAUGAAAUGGGAGAGACUGAAUGAUAGUGGAUUUACUGUUGCAAACAAAAUAGUCAACAUGAAGAUCAGUGAGCAAUUUGAAGACAACAAACUAGAGAUAGCAUGUGAUAACAGUGCCACAGGAUCUGAAAAGUCAGCUCCAAAAUACAACGAAGAACUCGACAAUUUCUGUGCAGAAUUAGUUGAGACCUUAAAGCAUAUGACAAAAAUACAACUGAAAAUGGAAAAGCUUGCUUUGACUACUAAAGCAAUCUGUGACUUGGAAACAUUCCACCACGGAGCUGGGAAUUGCACAGCACCCUUCUUUCAUACAUGGCCUACACCAUACUUCUAUGAAGUUUCUCUGAAGCUUUCUGAAAUGUACAAGAAGGAACUACAACUCAAGCAAACAAUUGUACAAGAAAUUGCUCAUUCUGCUGACCAGGAUCUGCUGAUGGUCUAUUUAUCAUCAUGGUUAUACCAGCCUUACAUUGAGAACAGCAGCAAACUACUACUUGAAGCCAUGCUGCUGGAAACAGGACAUAGACAGUGCUAGAGUUUCAAAUGUUACAUGGCUUGCUUCUAACGAUGCUUACAUGAAACUGAAAUGGCAAAUUGCAAGGCUUACCAAGUAAGUUGAGUUUUUGUAAAGCUUAUUAAAAGAAGUGUUUCUCUGUAGCUAUUA